UGGCUUCGUGAAUUGUUUUGGUCAUAGAUGCUAGGUAAACGCCAAAUUAUGACCUAUUAAGAAUUCUAAGAUGAAGAGAAUCCUCAUCCACUCACCCAAGCCUAGGAUCUAGGUAUCUGUUAAUAUGUACCGGUAAAAUUACCCAAUCCAUCUAGGAAUGUUCCGUCGUCCCGUUCCGCACCGGCCCCCAAAUUAUGAGAUUACGGCGUAGGAUCUUGCGUGCAAGCUGCAGCUCCGGAUGAAGCACAAGGUAUGAUCGCCGACUGCGCCGCCUCCACCAUCGGGAUUGUUGGCAUAUAUCUGCAGCCUGCGCCUCGGGAUCCGGAAAUAGAUACCCAGGUAGGUUGAUUCGAUUAGAUUAAUUGCAACAGUAAUACAGCAACAGAGAUGUGAUUAAAACGAUGGUGUUUCGAUCAACAAUCGCCAUGUGUUCUCGUCUUCUCUUUCUCUUUCUGCUUCCCUGUAUGGGAUAUGGCUAGAGACUGUGUUACCGACUAUCGAAAGGUACCAUGAGGACUUAACAAUAGGCCGAUGAAAGGAAAUAACAAGUGGUCGACCUCGAAUAAUGCUCGCAGUAAUGCCAGUCUUCUCUAAGCCUGAUGAGCCUCAUAAGUCCCAGGGCUUCGGCAAUAUCCCUACUAAAAACGCAGUGCAAGGAUCAAAUCCAUUUCAGAGAAAUGAUGGCGACCACGGAGAUGGCGAACAUGAUGGUUGGAACUGGGGCUCUCUAGGUAAUAAUCCGAAACCUACGAAUACGCACGACGAACGAACAUCGGUUAAAACACACACCACAACCCCGGGAAGCGGGAGGGGAGGAAACAAAUCAUCUACAACAUCGAAAGAAGCAGAACCACCUCCAACACCAACGGUCACCCCUCCAAACAACACAGAAAACCCAUCACCAUCCGAACCUCACACCGAGCCAACCAGUGACGGAAGCGCCGCCGAACAAACCCCAACCCCAGCCCAAACCACCGCUCCCGCUCCCGCAGAAACCAGCGACACACCCACAAACUCUACGAGCCAAAACCCCCCACCCGAAGAUCCCAGCACCGACACCCCCACCGCAGCCAGUCCCACCGACCCUCCAGACCCAAGCACCGAAGCCGAAUCCGAUAACCCGAACCAAACCCCCCUUCCAGACAGCGACUCGGUCAUCACCGAUCAACCGUCCAGCACCUACGACCACUCACGCACGCAUACACACAGCUACAGCUCUACAUCCACAUAUCCCGCCCUUUCGGAACCAACAACAGCAACAGUGACAACAACAACACUAGCCGCACCCCUAGGAACAGCAGACUCCAGCUCCCACAACACUACAAACGGGGCCGCGCUCCCGACGUUCGCUAUCCCGCUGAUCGUGCUCGCGGCACUAAUGGGGUUUGCGUUUCUAGCUGCGUUGGUGGUUUUCGGGGUGCGUGAGCGGAGGCGGAAAGAUGGUGGUGGGGUGGGGGAUAUAUCAGGUGCUGUGGGUGGAGGGGAGGGAGGAAGUGAAGGGGGAGGAGGGGGGAAACCGAAUUACCUGCGCGCGGUGGGCAAAGCAGCGGGUGUAGCUACUGGAGUCGCGGGGGUGCUUUGGGUUGUG